GAGCUUUUCAACCUCCGCCACGCGCAGCUGAGAAACUGCGUUGAGCGUAUAUUUGGUAUUGUAAAGAAGCGCUUUGAGUACGUCCGUGUUGGUCCGUACCCAGGGCGCUCUAUACUCGACCAAAAGCGUAUUCUUAUGGCGUGUUUUGUCCUCCAUAACUACAUUCUUGCGCACGGCGAACAACCACUCUCUACAGAGCCGCAGUUGCUACAAUCGGACGGCUAUAUCGGCAACGACGAUGUCUCUGGUAUAGAGUAUAAAGCACCGGGUUUCGAGGAGGACGAAGGAAUGUUAAAGUUCCGAGAUGAGAUAGCGGAGGAUAUGUAG